AUGUGGCGCAUCCUGGUGAUUCUUUUCUGGUUUUCAACUCUAAUUAUCAAGGCUACCCCACCAAUAUGUGACUUGCUGAUUGUCCUGAGGAAGGAAGAAGAACUCUGUGCUGAGACGCUGUCCCAGGAAGAACAGAACAGAACAUCUGAAAAUGACCAGUUCAUGAAUUCAGGCAGAUGUGCUGGAAUGUGGGAUAACAUGAGCUGCUGGCCUUCUUCUUCAAUUGGACAGACUGUCAAUGCUCAUUGUCCAGAAUUCUUCCAAAUGCUUACUGGAAAAAAAGGUUUUGUGCAUCGAAACUGCACCAGUGAAGGUUGGUCAGAGACAUUCCCGAGACCCGAUGUUGCUUGUGGCUAUGACGUGAACGACACUGCCAAUGAGGACAGACGCGUCUACUUCAUGAAGCUGAAGAUCAUGUACACAGUUGGAUACAGUACCUCCCUUGGGACUCUGACAGUAGCCUUAGGAAUCCUGGCCUCAUUUAGAAGGCUCCAUUGUACGAGGAACUACAUCCACAUGCAUCUGUUUACAUCCUUCAUGUUCCGAGCCUUGUCAAACUUAAUCAAAGACAUCAUUUUGUUUUCUUCUGAGGACGUUAACUACUGCGGGGCACACACGAUUGGUUGUAAACUCGUCAUGAUCUUCUUUCAGUAUUGCAUCAUGGCUAACUACAGUUGGCUUCUUGUAGAGGGACUGUAUCUCCACACCCUUCUUGUUGUUUCUUUCUUCUCGGAAAGGAAGUUCUUCUGGUGGUUCAUCGCCCUGGGAUGGGGCACCCCAACCAUAUUUGUUACAUCAUGGUCCAUCGCCAGGCACCUAUGUGAAGAUGUAGGGUGUUGGGACAUUAAUACCAAUGCUGCUAUCUGGUGGAUCAUUAGAGGCCCUGUAGUCCUGUCUAUUUUUGUUAAUUUCAUUCUUUUUGUAAAUAUUUUAAGAAUCUUAAUGAGAAAGCUCAGAUCGCCAGAAGGAAGGGGAAAUGAUUUCAACCAAUACAAGAGACUUGCAAAAUCGACACUUCUUCUCAUCCCCCUUUUUGGAAUUCACUAUAUCAUCUUUGCUUUUUUCCCUGAGGACGUGAACAGCGGCACGAUGGAAAUUCAGCUGUUUUUUGAAUUAGCACUCGGAUCAUUCCAGGGCUUUAUUGUGGCUGUGCUGUACUGUUUUCUCAAUGGCGAGGUUCAAUUGGAAAUUCACAGAAAAUGGAGGCAGUGGCAUUUAAGCCAAGACAUUCACUUGAAUCAGCACCUCAACUCUUUGUCCAGUAACGGAGGAAGUGGUUUCACCCAGGUGAUGCAGAUGAAGCCCAGCCCGCAAGAGCAAAAGAGGCAGACUAUCCAGAAGUCAAGUGUAAUUUAG